AUGGAUACAUCACGAGACUCGUCAAACCUGCUUGACACGCACAACCGUCUCAUCGCAGAUGUCCUCUCGCGGUUCCGCAUGCUGACGAUGCUCGCGACGAUCCAAGCCGAAGGCGAGCGCAAGAACGCCGAGCCUCAGACCGUCGCCGUGACGGGCAUAUCGAUGCAGAUCGAGUUUGAAGGCCUGCACACCUCGAUCAAGGACCUCCUCGCCCUGAGCCGCCGCCUGAAGGAGCUUUGGCUUUUUGGCAAGCUGGGCCGCGGCGAAGGCGACGCCCGCAUCCAGGCCGACAAGCUCCAGGCCGACGUCGUGCGUUGCGCGGAGCUGCUCAACGCUAUCCAGGAGAAGCGGUACGCCGGCCUGGCGAGCGCGGCGGGCGGCAAGUGGGCGCCGAUGGGACGCCCGGAUGCCGCCGCUCCCGUCGAGGGCGCUGCUGCAACUGCGCCUCCACCCGCGAAUACCGCGGCAUCGAAUGGCAGUGGUGGCGGCAAUGGAGCUGGUGCCGCAUGA